AUGACUGAGGCGCCGCCAAGUGCGUUAAUGCCAGUAUGCUCAAGUGCCCAACUUGGAAGUCCACAACUUGAGAAGGCGGCGCAGCACAAGUCCGACACGGCAGUGACUGGGUCCCGGGCUCAAACCUCAUCCCGACCCCGCGACGAAACUGCGGGAAAUUUCAGCAGCCGUCGCGGUCAUGCAAGUCAACUUUCAAUCUCAGACCCGAGCCACCAUGUCACAGAAGCUAUAGGGACGCUGUAUGGCGAUGAGGACGAUUCUGGGUCCGAAACUGGCGGUCGACCAUUAAGUUUUAUCGAUGGAUCUUCGUACCACGAGCAGUUACAACGACCAGCCCAUCUCGACUCGCAGCACCAUGCUCAUGCCCGCUCCCGACAUCAGCAGCAAAUGGAAUACGAUUCCCGCAAACCAUUGACACGCUCAAUGUCGGAUGAACUUUACGCUACACAGUCCUCCUAUGAAGAACAUGGCGAGAGCCUUAAAAAAUCACAAACCAUGAACAUCCCCUCACCGAAUCGUCGAACCAGUAUGCAGUAUGAAGGAGGCUCCAAAGCGCCUGCAUCGCCGGCUUUAUCACUACGCGAUGUUCAAGCCGGCGAGGCGGGUUCGCAAUUUCCGCUUACCAACAUUGACAACCCAAAUGACAUCGCGCAGGAAUUGAGCAACCUGCAGGCUCUCAGGCGCAUGUCCAUGGAUGUCGGAAACAGUAUUGAUCCGGAUAUGCCACCUAUUGGACUUUCAGCAAUGCCAGCCAUAGCCCCGUCUGGGAAUGACGACGAGAACGAUCCAUCCAGGCUUUUAUGGGUCCCAGCCAGAGUUCACCCCGAACUUGCCCCGAGUGAAUUCAAGUCUUUCCUGGAGAACCGUGUACAGUCGAUUAGAAGGAGAUCGGGGGAGUCUUUUCUCUCUGCAGAUGGCAGUGACCUGAAUCGCAGCAACCCUGGGUCCCUGAGACGCCAGAAGUCAAUGCUCUCUCGGCAGAUUGAUAACUCCAGUGGGCAAGGAGCAGUAGGAUAUGUUGACGGAGCAGACCGCCUAGAGCGCAAACGGUCAACUGCGGGCAGUCAUAACCGCGAACUAAGCCUUGAUGAGUUGGUCAAGGAUCCCACUCGUGCCGUUCAAAAGCUUGCAAAGGAAGUACAUAAUACGCCCAGUGGAGAGGAGGGUAGCACUGAUGAUAUGCCAAUUCUUCCCAUGGCUCCUGGGAUGGGGCUAAGAAGAUCGACAAGAACGACCUAUCGCAAGGGUGGUAGUCUACGAUCUGGCGACAGAGUACCAUUUUCAAAGCGUUUGGCGCAAAAGCAACAAGACGGCGAAUUGCCGGACCUGCCCAGUGUACCUCCAAGGGACGCGUUACGGGGACACACACCAGACAGCGUUCAAGAGCCACUAUCAGAAAACUAUUCCAGGCCAUCAAGAUCGGUCAGAAAGCAAUGGGACUUUUCUCAAGACUCACCAGGUAACGACGGGUCUUCUCCGAACGAGGAAGACGUUAGGGUCGCAUCACCGCCAGUGCAAGAGCAGCUCCAUGUCCGAGCAAUAUCAAUGCCAACCGUUGCGUCGCCCCCAGAAGGUGAGCCGCGAAACGAUGAGCCAGGCCAUGCAAGCAAUCAAUUCUCGGGGACAUUUCCCCAACGGUCUUCAUCACAGACUACUGGUUCGUUGAAGCCCGAAUCCACGCCAAAGACACCCGAAGUCGUUGUGGAAGAUUCACUUGGUCCCCACGCUGCUAGACAUUCAACACCGGUUACAAAUAACUAUCCCCUUCAAAAACAAAACCAGCAGGCUCAGUACUCGUCGAAACCUCUCCCGCCUUCACAGCAACCGUCCUAUAACGACAAAUUCGCAUCAGCAUCAUCGUCUCUUCUCACCGGCGAUGCAUCACGAACUGACAAUCUCACUGUCAUCCCAACAUUCAGCCAAAUUGACAAGAAGUCCGACAAAAGAUCAAAAAAAGACAGAGACGACGAUGCUUCCAGCACAUCAAGCAAAUCCGGAGGUGCAUGGAAAUGGUUCAAAGGCGUUACUGACGACAAGGAUAAGAAAAAAGAGGAGAAUAAACGAGCAAAGGCCAAGGCACUUGCUGAAAAAACGUCUGAUAAUGCUAGGCUUGAUGUUAUUCAGAGCUCAAUUGACAAGACGCCCGCGAAGGGACGUGAAAGUCUGGUCCUGGAUAGGGACAAUAUGGACAACAAGUUGUUGGAGGAGCGGAAAAAAGAAAGUCACCGAAAAAGCGAUUCCAAGAAAGAUAAGGAUGGUAAUAUUUUCUCCUCGAUUUUCGGCGGUAGCAAACGGAAAGAAGAGAAGGAAAAGUCAGGCAAAAAGAGCCAGCACCUUCAAGUUCCUGAGGAGCCGGUUUACAAGCCUUUGCAGCCCGAUGUGGAUUAUAACUGGACACGUUUCCCAUUGUUGGAGGAGAGAGCUAUCUAUCGAAUGGCUCAUAUCAAACUGGCCCAUCCUCGUCGACCGCUGCUCAGCCAAGUGCUGCUCAGCAAUUUCAUGUACAGCUAUCUAGCCAUUGUCCAGGCCAUGCAUCCUCAAAUGAACGUACCGACGUCUCCGCAACAAAAGCGACUUGAAGAGGAGGCUCGGCGGAAGAGACAAGAGCAAGAGUAUCUUGCGCAACAGCAAAUGGAUGACGAGGAUGCUGACAAUAGCUUGGAGCAAUACAAUUUUGACUAUCACAGAGCUGCUGUCCAGUAUGCCGAGUCUGGAUCUGAGAACCAAGUGGAUUACGUUGAUGAAGCUCAAAUUUAUGAAGACGAGCACGGAAAUGACAACCAAGAAGACUACAGCUAUGACAACCAAGACGGAUACGGCCACAGCGUCAAGGAUUACUACCAAUAUCAAGGUGAUGAUUCAGACCACCGGCAUCACGGUGGCAACAGUAUGUGGUGA